GGACUUUAGUUUGGUUCCCCCUCCUUUAAAAAAGAUUAGAAGCAGUGUUUUUGACCGUUGCUUUCUCUCUCCCUCUCUCUCUCUCUCUCUCCCCUCCUCUGCACUCUCCUCUUCUAUCUCAUCAUCCUUAUGCUAUUUCGUUUCCCUUCUUCCCCGCCAGCUUGCAGAAUAACUUGUGAAGACUGUAAAAGCACUCCCUUGUGAUUUGCAUUUUAAGUUACGGCUGGAAAAAUCACAGAGACUGGAGAGUCAGUCAGUAAGAGAGAAGUGGGGGGAUGGGAUGUUCUACGUCUAAAUUGGAUGAUGAAGAGGCAGUUCAGAUUUGCAAAGAUAGAAAGAACUUCAUUAAACAAGCUGUCGAGCAUAGAAUGCGAUUCGCCUCCGCGCAUGCUGCUUAUAUCCAAUCUUUACGAAGAGUUUCUGCUGCUCUCCGAGAUUAUAUUGAAGGAGAUGAGUCACAUGAUCUAGAUGCAUUCAUAACCCCAGCCUUCACACCAAUGAAGAAAUCGAGCUCCGGAUUCAUCUCUAUAUCACCAAAAUCUUUUACUGCAGCACCUAUACAGUCCACACCCAACUCAACCAUUAAAGUAAGUUAUUUAAGAUCUGGCGGAACUCCUUCGGUUUCUGUUGAGGAGAGACCAAACUCCCCGGAAACAGUUAGGGUUGAAGCUUAUUCACCCAUUCACCAGUAUGAGAUGGAUGGAUUUUUUGCAAUGCAGUCUCCAACAAUGAACAACUCAUUUUUCAAUUACUCCCCCAUCCAUCGACCAAGUUUUCCUCCCCCUUCACCACGUACCUCCCAAUGGGAUUUCUUUUGGAACCCAUUUUCAUCAUUGGAUAACUAUGGCUAUCCUACAAGAACCAGUAUUGAUCAUACUGUUUUAGAUGAUGACAUGUCUGGGCUGAGACAAGUUCGAGAAGAAGAAGGGAUUCCUGAGUUGGAGGAGGAGACCGAACAAGAAGACCUUGAACCUAGGGUUCACGUGAAGAAUGAGCAAGCUAGAGUUGUGCUUAACAGUGCCAGAGAAGAAGUUCUCGUCGAAGAUGAUGACAGUGAUGAUGAUGACGAUGAUGAUUAUGUAACAGACAGUGGACAUGAGUCUGAACAUGAAGUAAUAGGACCUGUUAAGGCCGAGCUAGAAGUGAAAAAGUCUCGAGGAAGUCAAAAGCUAGAAGUUUCAAAAUCGCAGAAUUCCGGGCAAGUUAGCAACCAAGAAACAGCAGUUGGUGAUAACAGGGAUGCUCAUGUGGAAACCCCAGGUUUUACUGUUUACGUAAACCGAAGGCCCACUAGCAUGACAGAGGUUGUUAAAGAUCUUGAAGCUCAGUUCAAGAUCAUUUGCAAUUCUGCUCUUGAGGUGUCAGCUAUAUUAGAAGCCAGCAAAUCUCAGUAUUCAUCAACAUCGAAUGAACUCACAGCCAUGAAAAUGUUAAAUCCUGUAGCUUUGUUGCGUUCAGCUUCUUCACGCUCUUCUUCAUCAAGAUUUGCAAUCAAUUCUUCAAGCUCGAAAGAUGAAGCUUAUGAAAGCAGUAGCGACUUCUCUGAGGAUUCGUGUACGUUCUCUAGUAGUCACCAGACAACCCUAGAUAAACUAUAUGCCUGGGAGAAAAAACUCUACCAGGAAGUUAGGGCUGGUGAACGGCUUCGUAUGACCUAUGAGAAAAAAUGUUCUCAACUCCGAAAUAAAGACGUAAAAGGAGAUGAUCCUUCUUCAGUAGAUAAGACCAGAGCUGCUAUACGAGAUCUGCAUACCCAGAUAAAAGUUUCAAUACACUCAGUUGAAGCUGUCUCAAAGAGGAUUGAGACAUUAAGGGAUGAAGAGCUGCAACCGCAGCUAUUGGAUCUGAUACAAGGGCUAACAAGAAUGUGGAAGGCAAUGGCCGAGUGUCAUCUAGCUCAGAAACGCAUAUUGGAUGACGCGAAGGUUUUACUGGCAGGAACUCCGUCAAAGUUGUCUGGAACAAAGAAAUAUACUCUAAUGUCACCUACUGAGCCACAUCGGCUAGCCUGUGCAGCUGCCAACCUUGAAAACGAGCUUAGAAAUUGGAGAGCCUGUUUUGAAUCAUGGAUCACUUCUCAACGAUUCUACAUACAUGCAUUAACAGGAUGGCUCCUACGAUGUGUCAGAUCAAACGCAGAUGCUUCAAAUUUACCAUUCUCUCCUCGUCGAUCUAUGGUAACGUCCCUGCCAAUUUACGGUAUUUGCAUCCAGUGGUCUAGAUUUAUCGAUGCGGUUAGAGAAGUUCCAGUUCUUGAAGGAAUGGAUUUUUGUGUGGCGGGUAUCGACUCCCUAUAUGCACAGCAGCUGAAAGAAGAUUUUCGCCACAGGACUCCAACUGGCUCAAAGAGGUACGGAGGCGGGUUUUCAGUAGAAUCGGGUGGGAAGGAGAUGGUGGAGGUGGGGAAUUUUGAAGAAGAUGUAUUUAGCACAGAAAAAAUGGUAGAAGUUGCCAUUAGGGUUCUCUGUGCGGGAAUGUCGGUUGUUGUAAGUUCUUUGACAGAAUUUGCUAUAAGUUCAGCUGAAGGAUAUGCUGAUGUAGUGAAGCAAUGGGAGAGUGCCCAGCGGUCGCGAAGUUUGGGAGGGACUCAAAUUUAGAGUACUUAGCAGUUGGUAGGUAGAUUAGCGAGGAAGAUAAUGUAAAUUAUUUGUGCCACAGUAUAUUAUCAUAUUAAAAAUGGGAAGUAUGAUCUAGUUUUUGGCUA